AUGGAUGACGCGCAAGAGUUUAUGGAUGACGCGCAAGAGUUUAUGGAUGACGCGCAAGAGUUUAUGGAUGACGCGCAAGAGUUUAUGAAUGACGCGCAAGAGCUUAUGGAUGACGCGCAAGAGUUUAUGCAUGGACUUGAAACACUGGCGCUCCGCAAGACGAUCCUCGUCGGUAGGCCCCAGCCAGCAGAAUGGGGCGCGCGAUUGACAUUCCCCACUCGAGGGCAAUCUCGUUGCCUUGCCAUCAUUGACACAGAACCAUUUCUGCCGGUGGAUGCCGUCCAGCUGAAACUUAUGGAUUUGACAAUGCGACCUGUCGUCACCAAACCGUAUGUCUAG